ACUUUCUACAGACGUUUUCUUUGCAAAGUCUCCACUUCUAGUCUCAAAUGCUGGUGGAGGGGGGCAAAAGUACAAAAAUAAGACACGAUGGUACAUUCUUCUCAGGCAAAAGUUAAGACAACUGUAGUGGAGGUGGCCGGGUCCUUCCUGCGGUUUUCCCAGAGUACCCCGCGCGCGACGAGGCUUGUGCGAUCCAGCCUGGGUGUAGCGGAUCGGAAAUAGAGACAGGGCAUGGCCCUGCACGCGACCCGUAGGGCUCGUCUGAAAAGGCUCAGCUAGGGUGGGCGGAGACCCUUUUAUGUUAACGUGGGGGGCGACUUGUGCCAGGUCUGUGAGUUUGGUCCCGGGUCGGAUGCCUAACCACUCAUUCCUUGGCGCCUUAGAACCGUCACUUUAUCUGUUUCCUCGUUUGUGAAUUAGAGGUGAUGAGAAUUGAGAUGAGGCCUGGUCUAUAGUGAGCGCCCCACAUUUCUUGCAUAUAGUUAGCACGGCGGCUUGGCCCAGCCCUGCACCCCAAUGGUCUCAAACUCGAGGGCUAGAAGGUAAACAGUGAUUGAAGUGGCCCAGGGUAAGAAGAAUAACAGCCGAGGUGCUUAGCGUCAGAAGAGAAGAGCGGAGAAGAGACUGUGGGUUUGGGAGGCAGGUUGCCUAGUUCAAAGCACGCCUCACGCUUUACUUGAGGCAUCACUCUGCUGAGCCUCACUUCUCACAUCCAUAAAAGGGGUAUGGGGACUUCCCUGGUGGCUCAGUGGUUAAGACUCGGCGCUCCCAGUGCAGGGGGCCCGGGUUCCAUCCCUGGUCAGGGAACUAGAUCCCACGUGCAUGCUGCAACUAAGAGUUUGCGUGCCGCAACUAAGGAGCCCACCUGCCGCAACUAAGACCUGGCGCAACCAAAUACAUAUUUAAAGAAAAGGAGGGGGCGGGUGAUACUAGUCCUCCUUCACUGGGCUGUUGUGAAGAUUAAGUGAGAUGCUUGUUUAGUGCAUGGCAUAUCAUAGGCCCUCAGUAAAUACUAUCCGUUAUAUUCCAGGUUUAUCGCCCUUCCUUGGGCAUGCCGCCAAUUAACCUCUCCCUCAGUCUGGCUUAGAGGAUUUGGAGGCGACCUAAGCAGAUAAGCAAAGAUGUCGCUGGAGAAGUGGACUCUGGUGAUUCCAUCUAAACAUAAGAAAAAUGCUCAGAUGGAAAUUCUGAGUCUUUCAAGAUAGGCCUGAGAGAGGUUGGCAGGUGGUGGUAGUUACUCUUCGAAUACAGCUGGUGGCUGUCAACUGUUUUUGGCGUUUGGAGAGCUUGGGGAAGUAACACUUUGUAAUGUCAAAGUUUAUGUAUGAUCACGCUUCGUACUCCUUUUCGUUCCAAGUUUGUCUAUCCUUCAGACUCACUACUUGGACAUUUUGAAGUAGUUGUGGAGAACGAGUGAUAACUUUUUUUUUUUAAUGAGAUGAAUUUCACAUUGCAUUAGAUUAAUAAUUUUAAGUGAGCAACCCAGUGGAGUGGCAUUUAGUAUGUUCACAAUGUUGUGCAGCCACUACUUCUACCCACUUCCAAAACAUUUCAUCAGCCUAGAAGGAAAUCCUGUACCCAUUAAGCGAUUAUUCCUCAUUCCCCCUUCACCCCAGCUUCUGGCAACCAAUCUUCCUCUAUGGAAUUAGCAAUUCUGGGUAUUUCAUAUAAAUGGGAUGUGUCUGGCUUCUUUCACUUAGCAUGUUUUUAAUGUUCAUAAUAUCAGUAUUUAAUUCCUUUUUAUAGCUGAGUAGUAUUCCAUUGUGUGGGUAUCUGUUGGACACUUGGGUUGUUUCCACCUUUUGGCUGUCGUGAGUAGUGCUGCUAAGAACAUGUGUAUUUUGAGUAUCUGCCUUCAGUUCUUUACAGUGUAUUCCUAGGAGCGAAAUUGCUGGGUCAUAUGGUAAUUCUAUGCUUAACUAUUUGAGGAACUGCCGAACUUUCCCACAGUGGCUGCACCGUUUUACAUUCCCACCAACCAUGUACGAGGGUCCCAAUUUUUCCACAUCCUCAUCAACACUUGUUAUUUUCUAUUUUAUUUUUAGUAUGUCCCUCCUAAUGGAUGUGAAGUGGUAUCUCAUAGUGGUUUGUUUGUUUCUUUUUGGGGGAACAAGCCAUUUUAUUGAGGGGCAUCGGGAGAGGGCCUUAGAGCUGGGAGGACAGUGAUAUCUGACAUCCUUCUCCCGGCCCUGGGAUCUUCUCAGCUUCACAGUCUCUGAAAGCGCAUAGUGAUUUUGGUUUUUUGGGUUUUUUGGCUGUGCCAAACAGCUUGUGGGAUCUCAGUUCCCCGACCAGGAAUUGAACCCUGGCAACAACAGGGAAAGCCCGGAAUCCUAACCACUAGGCCACCAGGGAACUCCCGAAAGCUCAUGGUGGUUUUGAUUUGCAUUUUCCUAAUGAUAUUGAGCAUCCUUUCAUGUGCUCAUUGACCACUUGUAUAUCUUCUUUGGAAAAAUGUUUGUUCAAGUCUUUUGUACAUUUUUUAAUUGGGGUGGUGUUGAUUCAUAUAUUAUGGAAUGGAAAAGGAAGAAAGAAAAACAAUGAAAAACCUCUCCCACUCUUUGCCAGUCUCUGCUGGGGCACAUCCAUACUUCACCUGGGUGUUUAUAACUCUGCCUUAGUCUUCUCUUCCUGUUUGCACCAAGUUUAGAAAUCAGCCAGAGAUGAAAGAGUAGGGUCUUCUCAGGUCUUUUCUGAGCAUUUGUCCUGCCCUGGGCAUGCACAUUGCUUUCUAAGUUACCCAGUGUGUAUGGGUACUUUUGAAUGCCUUAAUUACCCAAAGAAACUCUCACCCCAGCUUUUCCUCCCAGCUUUUGGUAAGUCAAUUGUAAUCUUGUGCCCCAGAGAACUGUGUUUUCCAAGAAUGUGUUCUGAGUUAAACAGACAAGCACCUUGAGGCAGUCCCUCAGGUAACCCCCAGACAUCUUAGAACAGACACACACAAUACUGUGAGAACGAGGGCUGCUCUGCUUCCUUAGAAACUGGGGACCAGGGCCCUAUACUUCACUUGAAGACACAGGCUGCUGUCUUCAAGUCCUCCACUGUGCUGGGAAAGGAGAUGAGGAAGGGCAGGGAAAACACCAUAAAAAGCUUUCCUGCCAUGAUCAAGUUGCCUCUUCCUGAUUCAGCAUUUCCUUGGUUGGCAUCAACAUUGAGCUGUUUUCCAGAGUUUGGAUAAAGUUAAUUCUUACCACUUCUGCUCAGUUGGUCGAUGUUUUGGUGGAGGUAGAGGCCCAUGGAGCUACGAGCUCUGCCAUUUUCACUGUUGUCUGGGGUGAAUGGGUGAUUCUUGUUUCCCUCAAUUAAACAAAACCAUCCCCCUCCCCAAGUAUUCAAUAAAAUUUACUGAGUGACACUGUGAAUAAAACAGACAAUGUCCUCAUGGAGCUGUCAUCCCAGUGCUCCUCCACUAAAUGAUUUCAGGAAGUCAGAGGCACUGAGAAGUAAAUGCUAGGUGGGUAGGUGGGGAUGGUUCAUCUCACCUGGAUGGAGUCGGAGAGAUUCCCCAAGAAGGUGGCAUUGAAGCUCAGGUUUGAAAUAGAAGGGAGAAGAGGCAAGCAGAAAAGAACAGUGCUCUGAGGUCAAAGGCUCUCAGAGACUUCAAGAGGCAGAAGGGAGAUGAGGGUGGGGUGGGUGAGAGAAGUAGCCAGAGAAGAGAUGGGAGCCUUCGGCAGAGGCCCCAUCAUACAGAGUCCCUCUUCCGUUUGUAAUGUUGGCCUAGGAUCUUAGCCUGGGGUUCUUAUAACCAUGGGGAGUUAGCAGACUGGCUUCUGGAGGUCAGGAAUCCCCUGAAAUUAUAACCAAAAGAUUACAAGACCAUGUGCUGGGCAGACUCACUACUUGGACAUUUUGAAGUAGUUGUGUUUGUUUGCCCCACCAGAGCUGUUCUCUACCAUUCUCUGUACUGCUUCGCAGUGGGAGGCAGGGAGCUGAUAUCUACACACCGGGUCAACUUGGCUUCCUUUUCCUCUUAUUUCCAGUUGGGUUCAGCCCUGGUAGGAUAUCUGAGGGCCGAAGGAAAGGAAGGUCUAGGUAUCUAUUCCCUGGCUCCUACCCUGUUGGUCUGCAUCUUUCCACCACAGCUUGUAACUCCAGCUCUCUCCAAGUUCCAGAACUGUUUUCUCCCCAGCAACUUCAGCAACCCAACAACUGGCUGCUAACAGUUCCCUGACUCCAGGGAGUCACCAUCCGUCAUUGCUUUCCCUUCACCCUGCCCAUGACUCCUCAGUCCUGUCUCUUAAGGGCAUAAUCUGUGUGUCAGCUGACCAAUACAUGUAUGUGUGGCUAUUUCUGAAUUCAAAAUUCCAGGUUAUAGGGACUUCCCUGGUGGCGCAGUGGUUAAGAAUCUGCCUGCCAAUGCAGGGGACACGGAUUUGAGCCCUGGUCCAGGAAGAUCCCACAUGCUGCAGAGCAACUAAGCCUGUGCGCCUCAACUACUGAGCCUGCGCUCUAGAGCCCGCAAGCCACAACUACUGAGCCCGUGCUCUACAACUACUGAAGCCCGCACGCCUAGAGCGCGUGCUCCGCAACAAGAGAAGCCACUGCAAUGAGAAGCCCGCGCACCACAACGAAGAGUAGCCCCCGCUCGCCGCAACUAGAGAAAGCCCACGUGCAGCAGUGAAGACCCAAUGCAGCCAAAAAAGUAAAUAAUAAAUUAAAAAUAAAAGAAGCUAGGAAAAGAAGAGCCAAUUAAACACAUGGUAACUGGAAGAAAGAACAAAAUAAUGAAAUAGAAAACUGAAAAUAGAGAAAACAACAAAGCCAAAAGUUGGUACUUGGAAAAGAUUAAUAAAACUGAUUAACCCCUAGCAAAGCUAAUCAAGAAAAAAAGAGAAAAAACACAAAUAUCUAUUAUCAGGGAUGAAAGAGGAGACAUCACUACAAACCCCACAGAUACUAAAAGCCUAACAAGGGAAUAUGAAUAGGCUUAUAGCAAUACGUUUGAUAAGUUAGAUGAAAUGGACAAACAUGAAAAUACAAGCAUGCUAGUUGGAAUCAAAGAAAAUUACAAGGUACUAUGGCAGGCUUCAGCAAAGGCAUUUUUCUAAGUCCAGAGGAAUCUGGAAAGAUUUCCUAAAAAAUGGCACUUAAACUGAGACCUGAAGCAGAAGUGGGAUUUGACCAGGUCUAUAGAAUUGUGUUCCAGGCAGCGAUGAUGGAACACAUGCAAAGGCCCUGAGGUUGAAAUGAGCUUUGUGUAUCCAAAGAAAAAAAGUCCACUCUAAUGGCCCUUUUUCGUAUUUGGCAACUACAUGCUUACAUCCUUCCUGGGUGUAAACCUCCAGGUGGACCUACCUGCUGGACUUGACCAGAAAUGUUUGGAGACCAAAGCAAAUCUGGUAAGACAGACCUUUGGAAGUGUCUGGGCUAUCAACGGGAGGCAAUUUAUGCUGCAAACAAUGUCAUUUCCUCAGUUCUGCAGCUAGUGUUUCCUUCCACCUGGUUGGUGAAGCCCCUGAGGCUUUCCUCCCCUGUGGCCUCACACUGGGAACACUCACACUACACUAGGCAUUGCACUUCAUGACAUGAAUUCUUUGGAGCUAGUGUCUACUACUCUUAGCCCCAUUCUUCAGAGCAGCAAGCUGAGGCUUCCAAGAAGGACCUUGUCUUGCCUGAGGUCACAGAGGCCAAGCCCUAACCACCAUGCCCUACCAACUUCCACCCCACAUGUUUCAACUUCAGCACUGGUUGGGCCACAUUUUGUGACUUGGGCCUGGGUUUCCCAAAAAACCUAUGUUCCUUGUGCUUCCUCAUGCCCAGGAGUUCUCAGGGGAAAAACAAAAAAAAAACCACGCACUGGACCAUCUCAUUCAUUUUUCCCCUCCCAUCUGCCGAACCUUGGCCCCUAAGGAACAGCGAGGUGCCAGGGUCUGAUGUGCGUCCAUGGAAGGGGUGGGGAGGGGAGAGAGUCCCUUUCAGCGCCCAAGUGUGUGUGUGCAACUUCCUGCCAAUGAGGAAACACUCGGCUCAAAUCGGCCCUGGUUCUUCUUUCCUUGCUCUGGCCUCACAGGAGGAGCUGGCAGUGAGCCGUGGGCCGCGCUGGUCUCAGCCAGAUUUCCUGGCCAAACGCGCGAGGAGAGAUGCCCUGGACCGUCCUGCUCUUUGCAGCCGCCUCCCCUAUCUUGCUUCGCAGGCUCCUUGGCUAUCCCGGCGCCAUCCAUCAUGCUGGUGCCCCCACAUCCCAGCAGCCAGAAGGACCCCAUCCACAUCGCGUGCAUGGCCCCCAGGGAUUUCCCGGGGGCGAAUUUCACACUGUAUCAAGGGGAGGAGGUGGUGCAGCUCCUGCAGGCCCCUGUGGACCAGCUCGAGGUCAUCUUCAACCUGAGUGGUGGCAGCAGGGAGGUUCCAGGGGGACCAUUCCGCUGCCAGUAUGGCGUGCUCGGCGAGCUCAGGCAGCCUCAACUGUCGAACCUCAGUGAGCCCAUGCACGUCUCCUUCCCAGUGCCCACCUGGAUCCUGGCACUCUCCUUGAGCCUGGCUGGAGCCUUCCUCCUCCUCGCUGGGCUGGUGACCACUGCGUUGGUCGUCAGGAAAGUUAAAGUAAAAAAGUUGCAGAAGAAACGGGAGCGAGAAUCCUGCUGGGCCCAGGUUAACUUCGCCACCACAGACAUGUCCUUCGAUAACUCCCUGUUCACCAUCUCCAAAAUGACUUCAGAAGAAGACGCAGCCACCCAGGAUGCUCCCUCAGGCUCUGCGGCGACACCUGGCAACUCUGGGACCCGGAAGAGGCCCACCUCCACGUCAUCCUCACCUGAGCCCCCAGAAUUCAGCACAUUCCGGGCCUGCUAGGGGAGCCCUUCCCUCUGUCUGCGUGCCCUCCGUUCAGCCCUCCCCCUUGAGCUGGCUGGGCUUUGCAGGGUCUCAGUUCCCUCCAGCUACGUUGGGGACUUCUCGCUGCUGCUUCCUCAGGGCAGUGAACAGAGGAAAUGAAGGGGAUCCCCUGGCCUUGGGACCUUCCUUGCAGAGGAGCAGGAGUGGGAGAGGGGCUGCAAGCAUCUGCCUGGAGGCUGGACAGAAAGCAGGAAGUCUCUCUGGAUUGCCAGCUUUUCAGACCACCACGGAAGGAGCUGUUAGGAUCCCUCAGCCCGGCCAUUAUGAAGUCUGAGCUCUCCACACACCCCUCUGUUUUCCUUCGUCCCAUGCAUAACAUGGUGUGGACACCAUGCACACUGUCCCAUGCAAAAACCCAAUUACACCUGACUUGGGUUUUUGGAGCAUAGGGUACCUGGGGGUUAUAUUCUAUGUGCCCUGCUGGCAUGCCUAAGUUAUUAAUUAUAAUGCUUGGAGCUGUU